AUGAAGCCAUCCACCAUGAAAUUGCCAGACGGUCACGGAAGCGUCUACAAAGAAGUGCGCUUCUCGCCAACAUCAACACCCAUCCGCCGCACACAAUCACUCUCCGGCAACACUCCAAGGACGACCAACUACCGGCCAGUACCCAUCCACGAUAUUCCCGAAGACGGGGUUCCUGCCCUGGCUACCUCUUAUACCACAUACUUAGCGCAAUCGCGAAACCUUCUUGAGAAGCAGCGGACCCAUUAUGAGCAGGAGAGAGAGCUUUUUGCGCAGGAAAGACGGCUGUGGGAGCAGGAAAGAUCGAUCUUGAGGGCCAAGAUUGCAGAAUUGGAGUCGUCGUUGAGAAGCACGAGGAAUCAUUUCAGUAUAUCGGCAACUUCUUCCAAGCCCAAUUUUGGAACACCGCAAUUCCAAGGCCCUGGCGAUUGUCAUUCGGCGCAAGUGUGGGAGGGCUCAAGUCCUGGAGGUCGGCCAACGAGGGUUUUCCGUAACGAAGAGAUCCCCGACAAUACUCACCUGUCGCCGAUCACUGAUAAUCCUCCGUCCCUUGAUGCAGCCUUGUCUCCUCAAUCCCGGGCGGUGGAUGCUGGUGUGACCAUUAGUGUCCCCGUGCCGAUCGAGAAGCUUGACAGCAGGUUAGAUGGGAUCACUCUCAAGUCCACCGCCCUGCCACCGGAUGUUGUUGCCCGGGUCAUCACUCCGCCGUCACCGUCACCCCUAGAAACGCCCUCCGACCCCCCCUUCGAACUCCCUCCGCCCAAUGAGAGGCUCCUCAAGGAUGCUGGUCAUACCCCGAUGGCGAUCAUCGAGGCCGACGGGAGCCAGCGGUCCACGAAGGAGGCUUCCCCCAUGGAGGGACCCCCGUGCAACGAGGAGGAAGCCCCUCUCGCCCCCAUGGUUACCCAGAUCCAUCAACCGCCAGAGAGCUGCGAGUCGUAUUUCCCCGAUUUGCCCAACGAUCCCGGUCUGAAGGGGCCCUUGGGUCUCAUCAACGACGAGGAGCAUGACAAUAAUUUCUUGAGUGCCCUCGAUCAGAAACUCCAGGACCAGGCUCUCCUGAGCCAAGCCAAGCAAAUCCUUUCCCCUGCAACGGAAACGAUUGACCCUCACGAGACCGACCCGGAGCUGCCUGAACAAGGCGAGCAGGAACCGGAAUUCAAGUUCAGAAAGUCGACUAACUUUGGCACGGCCUUUGGACUAUCGAAUAUUGGUGAGAUGUGA